AUGCUGGAACGGAAGAUUCUGGGUCGCCGCACCCAAUGCUCAGUUGGACUGAGAGUCUCGAGCAUGGUCAACCUCAACGCCAGCAGAGGGCCAAUCCCAUGUCGAAAUAUGAUGGGUUUGCAGAAGAAUGGCGCUUGUCAUGAGGUGGCUCAGGGCUUGUUCAAGCGACGCUGGGUGCACGCAGGCAUCCGUGCAGUCGCUGAAGAAUCCGCGCUAUCCAGUGCUCGAUUCAUCAAGGCUUUGGCAAACCUUGAUGCUAAUCUACCUGGGCCUGUCGCUGAGCGCCAGGAGCUCUUGCUGACACCAAAGGCUAAGGUUGAGAAACCACAGCGCUCAAGAAGCCCACGCAGAGACGAACGCCCUCCUAUUCAACGUUCUGCAACUACAUUCAGAACAUCUUCGCCCAGAGAGGACAAGGAAGGAGAUAGGCAUCGAGGUCGUGAAAGAGAGCCUGAACACCGCGAACCUUCAGAAGGCAGUUACAGCGAGGAGAGCGGCGAGGAGGAAGAGCCCAGGGAAGAAGAGCCUGUGGUCAAGAGGGAGGAAGAGGCUCGUACAGAGCGAAGACGUUCAGAGAAACCGCCUGAGCCACCGUAUCCACCGAGGGCACGGGUUCGAGCGACGAGCCUGAGGGAAGACCGCUGGCCUUGUGGCCUUGCGGUAACAAUGCCGCCAGGCGUUGGAUCCCCAGAAGAAGUAGAGGAGUCUCCCCCUGGGAGAGAAGGAGAGAUGUUUGGUGCACCAGCCUCUCCAGAGGAAAUCAUGGCGAGUCUUCGAGAAAGACCCGCGCCUACGGCACCGGUGGAGUACAACGUGGAGGAGGCCGCUUUUUGGCAGAGCCGUCACGUGCCCCCUGGUUCCGUGAUAGAGUUUUCGAGCCCAACUUCUGGUGCGGCCGUCCCGCCGGUGGUCGCUGUGUUGGUGUUCGAGUCAAACUCGCUGGAAACAGGAAUGUGGCUGAAGGUCAAGGUUAUGGGUUCGAGCGAUCGCGACGAAAAGAAGGAGGCCGAGAGGUAUUUCAAGAAUUUUCGCCGGGAGAUACAUAUUUGCAACCUUGCUUCGGGAGUUUGCCCAGACAUCGACACCGAUGCGAUGCACCUGAAACAAUUCAAAUGGUACCCACCAGGGGACUACGAUGCGGCCUGGCUUACACAUCAAGCCAAGAAGGCUAUCGCCGAGGGAAAGAGGAUGGAGUUGGAGGCCGCCGCAAAGGAAGGACGCCGCCGUCUUUCACCACCGCGCGACGGUCUCGGUCAUGGGGUGUCGCUGGUGGAGAAGCGGUUGGGAGCCUUAAGAAGCCCGCGGCCGGGGAGAGUUACCUUCGCCGCCGAUGCGGCGCCUCCCAAUACAAGGCGACCGGGCGGUGCCCUGCCGAGCCCCCGGGAUGGACGUGGUGGCCUUGCCCCUGUCUCAAGCUCACCGGCGCUGGCAGUUCAAAGUCAGGUCAAGGAAGAGGCGGAGGUGAUCAGCGAUGGGUCAGACAAAGACAGCAGCAAGAGGAGGAGGAAGAAAAGGAAGUCCAAAGACAUGGCAGCGGUUCUGCUGAAAGCAGCAUCAUCAAGGACCUCGACAACAGCCAACAAAGAAAAGAAAAGGAGGAGCAAAUCGAGGUCGAGAUCCAAGAAGAGAAAAAAGAAGCGGCAUCAGAGGUCUUCGAAUUCGGGCAGCAGGAGCCGUUCGAGCAGCAGGUCUUCGACGAGCGACGAGAGCCUCAUGGCCCCUUUGAAAAGGAAGUCAUUGAAGGAGCCGGGGUCGGUUUUCAGGAUGCUGGAGGACAGCGCCGUAGAGCGGCUGUCGGCCGAUGGCAUAAUGGACGAGGAUCACCUGACAGCGGGACAGCCAGGCCAAAGGCCGAAACUGCUGACUUAUUUUCAGCUGGUCCUGAAGCCCAACCUGGAUGCCCGCGGGAGAGAUUGCCGGGAGCUGGCAGUUCUGGCUCGAGCUCUCGAUUUGCUCCGCGACGGGCGUCUGGGGGAACUGGCAGACGUCCUGGCAGGUCGCAUGAUGGCCAUCGACGCAUCGACAAAACAGGGGUGGCAGACAGCACGACACCUGGAGGUGCACAACGACGAGCAGGACAAUGUCGCGCCACCUCACGUCCUGCUCUCCGCGCAAAAGCAUGCGCGUUUGGUCGAAAAGGCCGGAGGAAAAGGAUCAUGGCCAAGGACACAGACCUGGGGCUCCUACGAUUGGAGCUACGAUCAACGGCCCAAAGGUUUGGCAACACCUGCAUCAACCAUCCUGACCUCCGCCUUUGUACCCGUUGAGGAUCAGGUGGAGAACCUGCUCCCCGGUGCGCUGGGCCGUCCCGCGCAGGGGGGUGAUGGCAAUAUAUUGACUUCAUCGACAGGAGUGGUGACCCCUGCUUCAACCUCAUUGGCCCCCGCUUUUGUGCCUUUUGAGGGCCAGUCUUUUUUGAAUUCGGAGUCUACAGCUGGCGGUGAAGCCUGUUUUUCUGCUGUGGACGACGCAGGCCUUGGACGUGCGCCCCGUUCUUACAUGGAACUUUUGGGGGCGCUGACCACGAGCCGCUGCUUGGCUGAAUUGGGCAUGAAACUGGCAUGGGGGUAUAGCCAAAAUUUGGUCACGCUGGGAAAUUCCCGUGCUCGACCCACACGGGCCACCGUUCGCGAGAAGGGUGGCCUGUUCCCCCUGCCAGUUAUGAUCCCAAGUGGUCUGGACUGGGACGCUGCUGGUUUAAAGUGCAGCGAGCGCUCCGGGCUAUCAGUUCAGUGCUGGACAGCGGUUGCAUGCGAAGCUAUCAAUGCUUUGUACGGCCUCCCCAAUGUGGGAAAGACUAGAGGUCGCACACGAUUUCUCAUGGAACACCCUGAAGAAAGUUUGUUGCCUGAAUGCGACAGAGGAACCGCCCCUGUAACUGCAAAGGUUCAUGUUGAAAAAGGAGGUGAAGGGCUCCCCCCCGAGUUAGAGCUGAAGAAAGGGGGAAAGAUUCCCCCGUGGUUUGCCCAGGUAGCGAGUGCUGACAGUCCCCAACGUGCUUGGUGGCAAGUGUACUUGGACAAUUUCAUGUCGGGGGAAGUUGAUCGUGGAGGGGAGCCUGGGAUAAGUAUUCAACUGCAGGAUGCUGCGAUGAGGGCUUGGAGCACCUCUGGGGUUCUCACAGCUGAAGAUAAGCAAGUUUUGGGCAGCAGAGAAGCAACAGAGUUGGGGGUUCGCUUUGAUGGGGCCAGAGGGCUUUUGGGAGCCUCGCCACAUCGACUUCUUAAGACGAUUUUUGUUACUCUACACCAUAUACUAUGCCGAAGAUGGAGUAAGCGCGAGGCACAAAUGGUUUUGGGCAGGUGGAUUUUUAUCCUUCAAUUUCGCCGAGCGGCGAUGGGGGUUUUAUCGCGAGCGUGGCAAGUCAUUGAGAAGCCCUGGCCCUCUUUUGUGGACAUUAAUAUCUUACGAAAAGAGUUGCUCCAACUUAUCUUUUUGGGUCCCCUUAUCCAGUCUGACCUGACCUCACAUUAUGACGGAGAAGUGACUUGCUCAGAUGCAUCUGAGUCUGGGGGAGCCUGUGCAGUGGCUACGUCUCUGACAUGGUCUGGGAACAGUUUGGUCGGCAGCUUGAGUGACAGGAGGCUGCUCCCCAUCGAAUGUCCUUUCUUAAUUGUUUCCCUUUUUAAUGGUAUUGGCGGGGCAUUCCGUCUUUAUGACGUGCUUGGUAUCCAUCCAGUGGGACGGAUCUCAGUCGAAAUCGACAAGUAUGCAAAUAGAGUCACACGUAGUACGUGGCCGAACGUACUUGAAUUGCAUGACGUGGAGCUUAUUGACAAGGCUGAAGUACAAAGGUGGGCAGAGAUGUAUCCUCAUGUACAAGAACUUCAUUUCUACGCAGGUUUUCCUUGUAUUCAUCUCUCUUCCGUGCGUGCAUAUAGGCAAAACCUGGACGGCGAGGGAUCACGGCUCUUUUGGAAGAUGCUUGAAAUCCUUCUGUGGAUCCAAGAAGUUUUUUCUCCAUUUUGCAAAGUCAAAUUUUGCGUGGAAAAUGUAGCUUCUAUGGACGAAUCAGCUAGAAGGGCCAUCUCAGAUGAGCUGGAGGUCUGCCCAAUCAAACUUGACCCGAGUGACAUUUUGCCCUUCAGUCGACCUAGGUUUGCUUGGACUUCUGAACCAUUGUAUGAAAUGCAGGGGAUACGCCUCGUCAAGGAAAAGGAGUACGUACGAGCAUACAUGGAAGGUGACACAGUUGCCAAUUCUCAGUGGAUUCGACCCGGUUGGUCUUGGACAGCACCUCCAGGGACUUGUUUCCCGACUUUCAUGAAAUCUAUACGACGACGACGACCACCACCACAGCCUGCUGGAUUAUCUCGAACAGACGAAGCUACUCGAAACAGAUGGCAACAGCAUGAAUUCAGAUACCCGCCUUAUCAAUACAGAGAAUGUUUUCUUCUUUCUUCACCUGGGCGCCUACCUAGAGUACUGGACUCCAGUGAACGGGAACUUUUGCUGGGAUUUGGCCCGGGUCAUACAGCCACUUGCAUGAGUGCAUCAGAGAUGAAGCGGAGUCUCACGGAUUAUGAGGACAUCCGCUGUUCUCUCAAUGGCGAUAGCUUUUCAAUUCUUUCUUUUGCGGUUAUUGCUAGCAGUUUUUCAGCUGAGUUCGUGCCCAGGUUGAGCCCGGACAAGAUAGUAAAGCGAUUGGGAUUGGCACCAGGGGCUUCCAUUCACCCAUGCACUGAGGUACCAAUGAGCCGUUGGCUCUCAUAUGGAGGAGAUCCAGAACGUCAACAUCAGCUGGGAGAAUUGGUCAGGCAUCUUGGCUUGACCAUUAACCACACGGGGGCCGAUGUUCGCAUCUGCACCGGGGAAGUUCUUACUCACAAAGCUCAGUCACAUGCUUCGGCUCGAGCAUGGUAUGAAGCAGCAGUCUCUCGUAUAUUGCCUUUUUUAGAAGCACAAGAAUCCCUCGCUGAUCUCGAUGGGGUCGUCUGCGAAUGGAUAGAGUUGCAGUGGUGCCGAGGCGAAUCACUCGGCCAUAUCGCUGACGCACUUAGUGGAAUCCAUUUCUUUAGACCUGACCUGAAGGGUUGCUUGCGCCAAGGCUGGAGGAUGUUCAAGUCAUGGCGUCAGAUUGAAGCCCCACAGCGGGCUCCUCCUUUGACAUGGGGAAUCGUCACAGCACUUAUUGCCCGUGCAGUUGAAAAAGCUGAUGUUGUUUUUGCGGCCAUCAUUGGCCUUGCUUUUCACUGUUUGUUACGCACAGGAGAGUUUUUGGCCUUGCAAUAUAAAGAUUUGGAGCUGUCGUCCACCACGGGUAUCUGUUCCCUCCUUAGUAGUAAGAGUGGGCUACGCACUGGUACGGAGGAAGCCGUUGCAAUUCGAGACCCGCUGGUUCUAAACCUGUUGCGGACGGCUCAAGAGUUACAUCAGCACUGUCCAGGUCAACGGCUGUGGCCACACUCGGCACAAUCCUUCAGGGACCGUUUCCGCAGUUAUUUAUCAUUUUUUCGGCUGUGUCAUCUGGGCAUGAAACCUUAUAGCCUCCGUAGAGGAGGGGCUACAUUUUUACUCCAAGAGGGGGUACCCCUGGAUGUUAUAUUACUUCGUGGAAGAUGGAAAUCUUUGGCUGUUGCCAGAAUAUACCUCCAAGAUGGCCUGUCUCAAAUUCCGCACCUUCGAAUUUCAAAGUCAGAUGCAGCAAGACUGAGUGUUUUCUCUGCUCAGUGCCCUUUAACGGCCUUACGACCGUGCUAG